AUGGGCCAUUCACAAAGAAUUCAUUUGGGCCACAUACUCUACACGUACGGUGACGCCAAUUGGUACGGUACCGGCAUGACUAAUCUCGGUAACCCAGAUUCGAUUGACCCGAACGGCAACGUAAUUAAUCCGUUGAAGAAGUGCGGAUUCGAUAAGAUGUACCUACUCGGCGGGUCCCUUUCCGACACCGGUAAUUUGAUCAGCGAAACCGUCGGCUCUACUUUGCCCUUCGGUAAACAACCCUACUCGCAUGGCCGCUCCUCUAACGGCUUGUUGAUCACCGAUAAUUUUGCGUACGAGGCAGGGAUUAAUCCGAUUCCUGAUCCCUACAAGGAUUUGAAUUUUUAUUUCAAUAAAGGAGUAAACUUCGCCGUGGCGGGGUCCACAGCUUUGCCGACGGAAGUAUUAACGACGAAAUACAUGAUUUCGUCUCCGGUGACGAAUAGUUCUCUCAAUGUCCAAUUGGAUUGGAUGUCCGACUAUUUCAGCUCCGCCACGUGUCUCAAUGAUAAUGGUUGUACCGACAGAUACAACAAGGCAAUUUUCUUCGUCGGAGAAAUCGGUGGAUCCGAUUACCAAUACGCAAUCUUGCAAGGAAAGUUAACCAUGGCUCAGUUGACAGAUAUGUUCCUGAUGUUGUUGCUGCUGUCAUCAAUGCUACAGAGGGCGUGGAAGGUAUCAAAGUCAUUCGAGGAAUGA